AUGGAAACACUUAAGACCUCCAGGUUCAUCACUGAAGUGGCUCCGGCUAAGUUGAUAUCGGCGACGAAAGAACCAUUCAAGAACGUGCUGACCACAAUCUCCGAAGAAGAUUUUGAUUUCAAAGAGUUGGUGAGAGCCACUGCAGAGAGACUCUCAUCUUCUUGUCCAGAAUCCUCCUCUUCCUGGUCUCUUGCUCACUACACCAAGACCAACAAACUCACUUCUUAA